AUGUGCUACUACAAAAAUAUGGCUAUGUGUGUUGCUAGAAAUGAGAGGUGUCCAAUCAGCGAUUUCAUAAUUUCAAGUUAAAAAUAAAAAGAUAAUUAUGAACUAGUUGGUUCUUAUGAUUCAGAGAACAUUUACUUGCUAGUUAAGAGAUAGAGUAUGGAAUUUAAUCCAUUAGUUUAAGUCUCUGUUUGUGACUAUAAAUCAGAAAGCAUAGAAAACUAAAGGUACUACAAGCUGGAUUUGUUAUAUCAAAAUUAAUACAAAUAUGAAGAAGAUGAGUUUUAUGAUUAAACUUCUUUCUCACCUAACUUACUUUACUAGUUUGAUUAAUUUAUGAGAGCAGAUGAAAUUAAAGACUAGUUUUCUAAUAAGUGGGUUUUUAAAGAAUCAGUCAUAUAUUUUAAGCAAACUAAUGAAUGCUCUGAAAAAAGAAAUAAUCUAUUCAAUCUUAAUCUAUUGUUUUUUUAGAAUCUUAUCUCCUUUCUCCCCCUGAUAAAUUUCCUAUCAAGUCUUUUGCUUUAAGCUUAUUGA